CAUCCAUACAGCCAGUCAGAUCUGAGCAGGUGUGGGAGAAAUAUAAACGUUAUUGUUGAGGUUGACCAAAUAAGGAGAUAUGUUAGUUAAAGACACACCCAGUUUUUUUAAAAACAGUAAGACACACAAGUUUAAUAGCAGCUGGCUGGAGAAAUGGCUACAUUCAGUGGAGGUUACGAUAACGAUUUUGUAGAUCAACCCCCCAAAUCUUUGGAGUGUUCGAUAUGCCUUCUGACGCUACGAGACCCCAUGGUCAUCAGUUGCUGUGGUAGCCACUUCUGUGAGCCUUGCAUUGGUCGAAUCAACACUAACAGAAAGCCUUGUCCUCUCUGCAAUUCUCCAGACUUCACGACGUUUCUCCACAAGGGUGUGGCCCGAGAGGUGAAUGCCCUGAGGGUGUACUGUCCCAAGAAGGCCCAAGGCUGUGACUGGCAAGGGGAGCUAGGACAAAUGGACCACCACCUCAACCCCACGGCUAACUAUAGGGUGUGUGGCUUUGUCAUGGUUGACUGCAAGUACAAGUGCGGGGGAUCGUUCGAACGACGAGUGAUUGAUUCUCAUGAGACUGACGAUUGUGCUAAAAGACCAAUCGAAGUCCAGGUGGCUUUUCUUGCUAGAAGAUUAGAGAUGCUAGCUACAGAAAACAGAGAAAUUAGGACUAAAUUUGAAGCUGAAAUUAUAUCACUGAAAGCAGAAAACACAUCAUUGAAACAAGAAAUAGAAGCUCGACCGCUACCACCAGUACCACCAUUCUACUUUACCAUACUUAACUAUGAGCAGAGCAAGAAAGAUAACUGUCUAAUAACAAGCCCACCAUUUUAUUCUCAUCUUAAAGGCUACAAAAUGCGUUUACAAACAUUCCCAAAUGGAGACAGGACUGGACAGAAUACACACUUGUCAUUGUUUGUUUUAAUAAUGAGGGGGGAGUUCGAUGACACGCUUCAGUGGCCAUUCACAGGAAGAGUCACCAUAGAUAUGUACAGCGAAAAUUUAAAGCAAUGGACUCCAAUAACAGUGGUUGAUUUCAAGGAUAGUCCAGUUGAUAGGAAAUGUGACCGUUUAACAAAUGGUAGUUGGGGGUAUCCUCAAUUCCUUCCACAAGACCAAGUUGCAGCAGAGUACAUGCUUAAGGAUGGAACUUAUAGUCAUGUCCGUCUUCGAGUGAAUUAUGUGGAACUAUACUAAGUGUGUGUAUUUACAA